GUCAAAUUUUCAUAAAAUCUUACUUAAAACUAAUAGUUGAAAGCAGAACGUGAGGCAAAACUAACCCAAAAUAAGUGUUGAUGAUACCGACCGCAAGACAUUCUUGUGUUUGUACGUGUCAAAGGAUUGUCAAUUAUUAACUUGCUAUCAAGUUUGCCUUUCUUAUUAAUAAGCAUGCUGACUCGACAGUUAUUUCGACAGACCUACAAUUACUAUAGCGCCAACGUCGUGAAAGAACUUUUGAAGAUCAUGCCGUGCCCAUUCUUGACUCGUUUGCCUGCAAACUAUGUUCGCAACUACGGAUCAUCAGUGAUUAUGAAUUACCGACAGCAUUGUCCAGUAAUGUCAAGGUUACUCAGUACAAUGGUCGAAUCCAAUGAGCCCCAGCCAAUUGUAGAGCCAAGUGUAGAGAGUCAAUGUCCAUUCCUGUCGAAAGAAAUGGAUGCUGUCAAAGAGGCGAGCUCAGCAGUGAAGGAAGAUAUUAUCAACUUGGGUUCUACGGAGGAACGGCAGGAGAAAGUGCAGUUCCCCUAUGAGGAGUUCUUCCAUGAGCAGAUUAUGCGGAAGAAGAGGGAUCAUUCGUACAGGGUGUUCAAGAAGGUGAAUCGCCUGGCUGAGAAUUUUCCAGCAGCCAUGGAAUAUUCAUGGGGAGAGAAACCUAUCACCGUAUGGUGUUCCAAUGACUAUUUGGGAAUGUCACGUCAUCCCGCGGUAACAAACGCGGUACGUAAGGCUUUAGAUAAAUUCGGUGCCGGUGCCGGAGGCACGAGAAACAUCUCCGGCAAUUCCAUGGGCCACGAGAUGUUGGAGAAGCGACUGGCGAAGCUGCAUCAGAAGGAUGCCGGUUUGCUCUUCACUUCUUGUUUCGUCGCCAAUGAUUCUACCUUGUUCACUUUAGCAAGAAUUUUACCGGGCUGCCACAUAUUUUCCGACGCUGGGAAUCACGCGUCCAUGAUACAAGGUAUUAGGAACAGCGGCGUGCCGAAGCACAUAUUCCGGCACAACGACGCGCAACACCUGGAGGAGCUUCUGUCGAAGGUAGACAAGAGUAUUCCGAAGAUCGUGGCGUUCGAGACGGUGCAUUCCAUGACCGGCGAUAUCUCUCCGUUGGAGGAGAUGUGCGACAUCGCGCACAAAUACGGCGCUAUAACGUUCAUCGACGAGGUUCACGCGGUCGGUUUGUACGGCUACUCCGGUGCUGGUAUUGGGGAAAGGGACUGGGUGCUGCCUAAGAUGGAUAUUAUUUCUGGCACUUUGGGGAAAGCAUUCGGCAACGUAGGCGGCUACAUCGUUAGCUCGUCGAAUCUGAUAGACAUGAUAAGGAGUUACGCGGCUGGUUUUAUUUUUACAACUUCACUGCCACCUACCGUGCUAUACGGAGCCUUGACAUCUGUUGAGAUUUUGGCAUCGGACGAAGGCAGAUCGUUGAGGGCGAGUCAUCAAAAAAACGUGGCCUAUAUGAAAUCUAUUAUUACUGCCGCUGGUCUUCCGUUAGAGCCGUCGCCUUCGCAUAUCAUUCCGAUAAAGAUAGGAGAUCCACUGUUAUGUAGUCAGAUAGCAGAUCACUUGUUAAGGGACAAAGGACACUACGUGCAAGCUAUAAACUAUCCUACGGUUCCCAAGGGCGAAGAGAAGUUGCGAUUAGCACCUACCCCGAAGCACACCGAGGCUAUGAUGGAUAAAUUCGUGCGAGACGUGUUGAACGUUUUCCACCGAUUGAACGUACCCAAGGUGGAAAUCAAACAGGACCAAGAGCCGCGAGCGAUUCUGGUUCAUUGACAAAUGUAUAUAAUGUGUAAAUACAACAAAUGGUCGUCAUCGUACAAAUUUAACUUACUGGUGCAAAGAUGUUUAUUUGCAUAGCUUGUUUUUAUUAUUUUGCCAAUAUUUCAAAUGGCCAAUAUAAAUCUAUAUAUUAUUCAAGUUAACUUACUAACAGAGAUUUAAAUAAAGUGUUAUCUGAUAACCCCCUUAA